AUGCGACACAGUGCGCUGGCUGGCUCCUUUGCUGCCCUCGCCGGUCUGUUGGGCAAACUCGGCGCUGACAGUGGCUCGAGCGCACUGCACCUCAUUGAAACGCAGUGUCUGGCAUCGUCUCUAUCCGAGUCGUGUGCCCUAUUGACUUUUGCCGCGCGUCUGCUGUGUCUCGCGCUCAUGCUCGGCGCGAAUGGGCUCAUGCUCCGGUGCUUUGUCAAAGGGCUGCACGAGACAGACUCACUCACGGCCACCGUCACGAGCGCAGCUGUGAACUUUGUGCUCGCAGCUGCUGGCGGCGCAUUGUUUUUCCAGGAGCAGUUGUCAAUCCGCUGGUGCGUUGGGGCGUUCCUCGUGGUGUCCGGGAUCGCGCUGCUACUGUAUGGAGAGCGGAGUGAAGGAGACGAGAAAGCCAAGCGGGAAUAG